UCCGAAUCUUGAAUCUGCAAUUUCUUCAUAUCGACAGAAGUAGACGGUUGGAAGAAGUGGUGAAGGAAAGAGGCGAUCGACAUGGGAAUAAGAUUCGUACUAAUGGUGAACAAGCAAGGCCAGACCCGUCUAGCACAAUACUAUGAGUACCUAAACCUUGAGGAACGGCGCACUCUUGAAGGUGAAAUUGUGCGCAAAUGCCUUGCCCGCACUGAGCAACAGUGUUCAUUUGUUGAGCAUCGGAACUACAAAGUCGUGUACAGGCGAUAUGCAUCAUUAUUUUUCCUUGUUGGAGUGGACAAUGAAGAAAAUGAGCUUGCCAUCUUGGAAUUUAUACACCUGCUAGUUGAAACUAUGGAUCGUCAUUUUGGCAAUGUGUGUGAGCUGGACAUCAUGUUUCAUUUGGAGAAAGCACACUUCAUGCUGGAGGAAAUGGUCAUGAAUGGUUGUAUUGUUGAGACCAGCAAGUCCAACAUCCUCUCUCCAAUACAGCUGAUGGACAAAGCAUCAUAGGAUGUAAAAUUUGAUGAAUUCAGAAGUUCUGGACAUUGGUUUGUGGGUUGUAUUUGUAUCAUGUAUCUCUGUAAGUUCUUUGGUUUCAGCAAAGCAGGAUAUUUGUCUUGUUAUGAUGAAGCUGUAUUCUUGUCUAUGCUGUUAUUUAGUGUAGAAGCAUAAUCAUUAAGAAAUGAAGGGGGCCUCAACGUGGUAGAAUAACUUUUUCUCAGAUGUAUGGUCUUGGUUACUUACAGGUUGAACUUCAAAAAUGGUCAAUAGUACGUCAAUAUUUCGUUUCUUUGCACAUAA